UGGCCCAUCAUCGUUCGUGUAUUAACACUCGAUAAUACUGGAGUGAAUAUCGGGAAUCGGUAUUAAGAUAUCAAUUUUGAACAUUUGAACAGAACAGCUCACGUAUUAAGCGAAUGAGCGAUAUUCUUUCCCAAAUGCGCAACGUUCAUGUAAUAUGAAAUGUGUUAUAAUUUAUAGGAAAGAUAAAAAAAAAGUCCUGGCAAACACAUUCUAAAAUAAGUAAUCUACCUAUGAUGGUAAUCUAUUGGACAAAGAGUGAAGCACUGAGGUUAAACGAAAAGAGAAGACUGGAGAAAAGUGUUUAUUUAAUGGAAAAUGGGGGUGCGUGGAUUGACUACGUACAUUAACAACAGAUCUGAGAUAUUCUUGGAAGACUACAAAUUAUACAAUACAAAAUUGGUAUUAGAUGGUAACUGCAUUGCAGCUCACUUGUACAAGUGGCACUGCAAAUCCAAUGAUUGUUUUGGAGGAGAUUAUGAUAAAUUUGCCAAUGUGAUCAUCAGUUUCUUUAAUUUACUAGUUGAGUGCAACAUAACGCCAUAUGUAAUAUUUGAUGGAGGUUAUGAAAAAAGAAAACUUGCUACUGUGAAAAGUCGGAUGAAAAAUAAAAUAAGGACUGCUUCUCAGCUGAAUUCAGUUACUGAAGGUAGUCAGUCUGUAUUUCCUCUUUUUUUGAGAGAGACAUUUAUAGAUGUUUUAUUGAAACUUAACAUAAAGAUGGCAAGGUCCGACUUUGAGUGUGACACAGAAAUAGCAAAUAUUGCCAAAAUGUUAAACUGCCCAGUUUUGAGUUAUGAUUCUGAUUACUACAUAUUUGGCUGUUUAUAUAUUCCUUUUUCAACAAUGGAUUUAUAUGUGCGGAAAAGCAAAGACAAAAUGUUCAAUUACAUAUCUUGCAAAAUAUAUAAAGUAGAGAAAUUUCUCAGUACUUUUGGGGGUUUAGACAAAAAAAACUUACCAAUACUCGCAGUAGUUUUAGGAAAUGAUUACAUCAAACGAAGUAUUUUUGAACCAUUUUUCAAAAAUUUGAAGAUACAAAAAGGCCACAAUGCUCAAAAUGAUCAGCAAAAGAGAAUAAAGUCAGUGAUUGUCUGGUUACAAAAUGAAACUUUAGAAUCUGGGAUAACAAAAAUUUUGAGUCGAUUCAAAGCAGACAGAAGAAAACUAGUGAUGAGAAAAAUCAAAAUUGCAAUGUCAUGUUACUAUUCGGUCAAUGUGGAAUUGCUUUAUCAUCUUGGAAUUGCAGAGCCAAGUAGUGAGACCAAAAUCAAUGUGAAUUUUGGGGAAAUUGAAAACAACUUAACAGAUAUUUCUGAAGACGACUUGGAAAUUUUGGAAGAAAGUGACAUGGAGGAGAGUGACGAGUUUUCUUUAGAAGGUGAAUAUGAAACAAAGAAACAUAUUUCACUUUCAAAAGUAUUUAAAGACAAUUUCAGGAAGUGCCUCUAUCCAUCUUGUUUUAUGGACAUGGUAGUAUUAAAUAAAUAUUAUUGUGUUCCCCAAGUGGAAGUUAGUAAUUUGGAACAUGCCCACACAAUAAGUUUAAAGCUCAUAAGUAUCAUUCACAAAAUAUUAACAAACACAGAUAAAGAUCUAACUCUAUUGGCCAGAUGUGGGGAAGUCAAUAUUAAGUAUUAUCCACUUAGAAAUUGUACAAUGAAUGUGCCUAGUUGCACAGAGAUCAAACAUUUUAAUCACUUAAAACGGAAGGAACAUUUUUUAAGUCUACUUCAAUUGGAACAGAAAUUCAUAAACAGUUUGAAUUUGUUUCCUUGGGAAUGGCAUUUAUUCUUAAUAUCUUUGAAAUAUGCUUUUUCUCAUGGAUCAUUUGACAUAUCUCUGUUAUAUUCCUUUAUUUUGUGUUUUAUGGUUUUAACUUACGUUGAUAAUAAAAUAGGGUUUUAUAGAUCCAUAAAAAUGCUUCAAAAGAAAUUUUGCCUUGGUUUGCAGUGUUGCAUCAGCUCUAGAAAAAACGCCCAAUCAAUAUUUCAAAAUAUUUCCCAGCAGGAUUGUCUCAAUUGUAUGCAAAAAUUAAUUUUGUAUUUUAAAAUGGAUGAAAAAGUCAAAAACAAUUACAAAUUGUUUGACAGAAAUUUGGUACAUUCUAUGUCAGAAAUUCAAAGUUGUUUCUUACAUAUAAAAUAUCUCAAUAGUUUGUUCAAUUAUCCAUAUCCCAAUUUGACAAUGCACACGGUCUUCGAUGGUACUUUUAUAUACAAUAUGACCACAAAUCUUAGAAAACGAUCAAAUUUGGAAAGCUACAUUAAGAUGUUGCUAAUGGAUGCCCCUACAAUAGCGAAUGAAUUUGAAUAUGUUCUGACUACAAUUUCAGAGUAUUUUAUUUGUCAAAGCAUUACGCAGAAAAAGAAGCACAAAAGAAAAAGGAAAAAACUGUCUCAAACUGCUUUGGAAGAAGAUGACUGUGACAUUGAACAGGAACACGCUAAUAUAGUGGACCCAAACAAUUUAUUUUCUGUUUUGUCAUUGGUUUCAAACUAAAUAAUAAUGAUUAUUUCGUA